AUGAUCACAAGACCCAGUGAGGAUGAUGAACUGGAGGUAGAAACAGCAAAGAACAAGCUCAGGCCACUGAACCAGCUGCUGAAUGAACCUGAAACUGCUUCCAUGAGUUUAGAGCAGCUCUUGGCAAGAUGCAAGUUGACACAUGCAGAAUAUGAGAGAUACCUGAAUAAAAUGAACACAAGGAGUACGAUCAUACUAAAGCGUGAUCCAAAAGACUCUUGGAUAAACGGCUAUAAUCCACAUCUGCUUGAAGCCUGGAACAGUAAUAUCGACAUAAGCUUUGUUCUAGAUGCUUUUGGCGCUGCAAAUUAUUUAAUGAAAUAUAUAUCUAAAAAAGAGGGUGGGCUAUCUGAGUACCUGAAAACUGUUAUUGAGAGCUCCCAUAAAGACAGUGUAAAUGAGUGCGAUGAAAUGAGAGCCGUCAUGCAGGCAUAUUCAAAGAAGCGAGAGAUCAGUGCACAGGAGUGUGUUGCUCGUGCAUGUGGUCUUCACAUGAAGCAAUGUUCACGUGCUGUAAUAUUCAUACCAACUGAUGAUAAUCCAGUGAAAAUGAGUCGUCCCCUGUCAGUUCUGGACAACACAACACCUGAGUCUUCCAAUGUUUGGAUGACAUCUUUGAAUGACAAAUAUAAAGCCAGACCUGAAACACCAGAGUAUGAGGAGAUGUGCAUGGCAGACUUUGCUGCUAAUUGCAGGAUUGUCUAUGGCCAACAGACAAAAGGUAAAGAUGUUUUACCCCUUCUCAAUGAGAUGGGAUUUGUGCAAAGGCGCAAAAACGAUAAGCCUGCUAUCAUCAGAUUUCACCGCUGCUCACAAGAAAAACAUCCAGAGCAAUAUUAUGGAAGACUGCUUAAACUGUACCUUCCUCAUCGUUCAGACAACGAACUGAAAACGCCAUCUUUGCCAACCUAUCAGGCUUUCUAUGGUGCUGGCUGUGUACAGCUACCAGGUACUGACCGUCUUGAGUACGUGCAACACAUUGUCAAAAGAAACAGAGAAAAAUAUGAGAAAAACAGUGAGGAGAUCGAGACCGCUGUUGAGGAAUAUGAGCAGAACAGAGGUGUGACUGACGAAUGGUGUAAUCUGGCACCUGAAUCAGAUCUCGUAAGGUUGCCACUUGUUGAACAAGAAAGAGAGCGAGACAAUGAAAAUGAACAGGAAGAUGUGCCCGACUACAGCCCUACCCCAGUGCGACAGUCAAAACCUCUCUGUGUGCACGACCCGUCCGAGAUCGACCUGUGGCGGGAGCAUUUUCAGAUGAUCACUCUGACUGAGAUUAUGCGUCAGAAAGAUGAUGUUGUCUUUGCUGAGAUGCUGAACAGAAUCCGUGUGAAAGGAAAGUUGGAUGUGCUUUGCGAAGCAGAUAGAAAUUUGUUGUCACAGGCCAUAACUGAACCAGCCCGUUGUCCGACUGAUGCGUUGCACAUUUUUGCAACUAACAAAGAAGUGGAUGCACACAACUCUGCAACACUGGGUCUGCUCCAUACUCAUAUCAUUGACAUCCAUGCAGAUGAUUAUAGAAAGGAUCCUAGAACUGGCAGAAUGGCACUUCAAGACAGACCAUUCAAAGGAGGUAAAAACGAGUUACCAGACACACUGAAAGUUGCAGAAGGAGCUCGUGUCAUGCUCACCAGAAACAUUGACAUACAAAAUGGUUUGGUUAAUGGAGCUUUUGGAAAACUACUUAGAGUAGUUUACUCUGAAAACGACCAACACAUCAUCAAGCUUGGACUUAAAAUGGAUAAUGAGACAUCUGGAAAGAAUAACCGCACACCAGCAGACAACAUGGUGUACAUUGAGAGAGCAGAGGAGAAUCUGAAGCAGAAAGGAGUGGUACGAAGACAGUUCCCAGUGAAGCUGGCCUUUGCAUGUACAAUACAUAAGGUACAGGGUAUGACAACCACAUCAGCUGUUGUCUCUCUUAAGAGCAUUUUUGAGCCCGGCAUGGCCUACGUAGCUGUCAGUAGAGUGACGUCUCUCAGUGGACUGUAUCUUCUUGAUAUGGAGGAGAAAAAAAUAUUCACCAAUCCAGAAAUCACUGCAGCGCUUGAGAACAUGAGACAAGCCAACCUUGAUGACAUGAUGCCUCUUCUACACGUGAGACAAACACUGAGCAGGUCAGAGGUUUUCACCAUUGUUCAUCAUAAUACAGAGGGACUGCCAGCUCACAUUAAUAACAUCAAGAGUCACCAUGAAUUGUGUCUAGCAGAUGUUUUGUGCCUAACAGAAACACACCUGCGGGGCUCUUUUGUCGCAGAGAGUCUCCACUUGGAAAAUUACAAUUUGUUCAAACGCAACAGACACCUGUCCUACACAAACUUUCCCCAGAUGGCAAACAGAAGUGGUGGUGGAGUUGCUGUUUAUGUGAAGAGUGACAUUCAAGUGCAUGAAAAACAGUACAUCCAUAAUGUAACUGACCUUGAAUUUCUGGCUUUAAAGGUUGAAGCACCAGUCAGUGCUCUGAUUGCAGUUGUGUACAGACCUCCAGACUACACUCUGAGGCCAUUCCUGAAAAACCUGGUGUUUCCCUCUGUGAUCCAUCCCCUUCAGAGCUGAGACACUCAGGACUGAACAGACUGCACAGUUUCUGUGACUGAGCCUCCAAAACAUCUUCUUUGAAACCACACAUGAUAGAAGGGCUUUAUAUUUGCAGCAGCACUACUAAAGUCGGCAGGAAUGUUGCUGCAGGAAAAC